AUGACAUCGCAACCCCCCCUCCCCCCAACCGACCCCCAACAACCCACCUACACCGACCCCACCUACUCUUUGAUAAACACAUCCUGCCUGGAUCUCCUCCUCAUAGAACUAGUCCCCAUGGCCUACCGCAUAACCGCCGACCUGGCGCAACGCGAGGAAGAAUGGAUACGCGGAUCUAGUGUUGGGGAAAAAGGGCGGUUGACAGGAACAGCACGAGGAACAGAUGGUGGGCCGGUGGGGGGACUAGGCGCGGGAACAGCGACUGUAGAUGAUGAGGAGGCGAGGGAAGCUGUGUUUCAUCGGUUGGAAAGUUUGGGGUAUAGGGUUGGUCUUGGUGUUGUUGAGAGAGUAUCCCGACAAACACCCCGCCCAACAACCCCAUUAGACUGCAUAAAAUUCCUCUGCAAAGACCUCUGGACCCUCCUCUUCCGCAAGCAAAUCGACAACCUAAAAACAAACCACCGCGGCAUCUACGUGUUGACGGACAAUACUUUCAAACCACUCGGUCGCAUGUCGUUUGAUACGAAGAAAUACGAUGCUGCCAUGCAGGCGGCGUUGGUGGCGCAGACGGGUGAUGUGGCGCUGGGUCGGGAUGCGAAUUCUCAGGCGAGGGUACAGCCAUUUCUGUAUUUUCCUGCGGGCUUGAUAAGGGGGUGUCUGGCUAGUUUGGGGAUUCAGGCCACGGUUACGGCAGAGAGUGCGGCGUUGCCGGGAGCGACUUUUCAGAUACGGACGGCGGGGGCGAAGAAUUGA